AUGCAACCACGCAUGUGCUACGAUGAUGCGGCUUGGGAGAAAAGCGAAGAAAUCUCUGAAGCCUGGAUCGCCCAGUUCGACGACCUCGACAUCUUGAGAGAGCUCGGACGUUUCCUUGUUAGACACCACGAACCCGACAAGCCUGACUCAUUUGAUUUUUUGGAAAAAGGAGCUUUCAAUAUAUCUUUUGAGAUGACAUACAAAAACACUAGUUCCGCUAUCAUCCGUCUCCCGCAGCCUGGUGCUAUUAUGUUCCCCGAAGAAAAAGUCCGGAAUGAGGUCGCUAUAAUGCGAUAUAUUCUUGACCAAACUUCAAUCCCAGCUCCUUUUGUCCUUCAUUGGGGCACGCAGAAGGAUAGCCCUUUGGGGCUAGGUCCCUUUAUGAUCAUGGAGUUCAUGGAUCAUCACACGAACAUGUACGAUGUUCUCAAUAUGCCAGGUCGCUCUCGGGCAUACCGUGGAAUUCUUGACCCAGAUUUUGAUGAGGAUGAACUUGAGCGGUUAUACGGAGAGCUAGCAUAUAUUCUACUUCAACUUUCUCGGCCCUCCCUUUGCCAUAUAGGGUCACUUAGCCAGGUUGAUGAUUUCACCUGGGAAGUCGCACACAGACCUCUCUCUAUGCCCAUGAAUGAACUUAUUCGAGUGGGGUCGCUACCUCAAGCAUGUUUACCGAGCCUAGACACGACAUUCGACACAGCGUCAUCAUAUUUUGAAAGCUUAGCAGAGAUACAUAUUGCACAUCUCACGCACCAAAGAAACGACGCCGUUCACUCAGCCGAUGACUGUCGACGAAAGUUCGUUGCUAGAUGUCUUUUCCGAAAGCUCGCCCGAGAGCGAAAACUCACAGAGCGGUGGGCUUCUUUCGAGAAUGGCCCUUUUAAACUCUGGUGCGACGAUUUCCGACCAGGUAAUGUCCUUCUCAAUAAGGACUCGAAAAUUGCCGCAGUCGUGGACUGGGAGUUCACAUAUGCCGCCCCCGUUGAAUUCUCCUACGCGCCACCUUGGUGGCUUCUGAUUGAGAAGCCCGAAUAUUGGCCCACGGACGGCGGUCUCGAAGACUGGUGUGGGGAGUAUGAGUCUCGACUCCAAACAUUCCUAAGGGCUAUGAUCACUCGUGAGGACGAAGCGAUUAGGAAGUGUCAACUGAAAGAAAACCAGCGGCUUUCUGGCCCGAUGCGAGAGAGCUGGGAGAGUGGGGAUUUCUGGGUUGCGUACGCCGCGAGGAACAACUUUGCAUUUGACGCGAUAUACUGGCAAAAGAUCGAUAGGCGAUUUUUUGGACCGACUACGUGCCCCGACCCUGCCGAUGCAUGGAAAGAGAGACUUGAGCAUUUGAAUGCCGAGGAAAAGUGUGCUAUGGAAAAGCUCGUUUCCCAGCAACUGGAAAAUAUGAAGAGCAGAGUUUUGGCGUGGGAUCCAGACGAAUAUACACUAAGCCAGGUAGAUAUUGCAAAGAAGAAGGCGGAAAGGGAAGAAGGCGAGACCAAGGAAGCGGAGACCGGGGCCAAGGAAAGUGAGAAAGUAGAUGUUCAAGUUGAAGUGGAUGAAGCUAGUGCAGAUAUGGUGUCCACGGAGUUUGCGAGGUUAGCUGUUUAG